AAAAACUUUUGAGGGAGCUGAGUUGAGAAGUAAGCGCUGUGUUUCCUGUGGUGGAAUUUGGAGCAGAUAUAUUUAACUGUGAGAGAUUACACGGCGAAAGGUUGUUUGACGCUGUAUCGACUUUCUGAGUUGCUUUACUUCAAGAAGAAACCAUGCAGAGUGUGUUCCUGUUACAACAUGAAGCCAACUCUGCUCUGAAAAGAAUGCGAAGAAAAAAUGGCUUCUUAGAAGAAAUAAAACAGGGCAACUUAGAGCGUGAAUGUUGGGAAGAAGUUUGUACGUAUGAAGAAGCUAGAGAAGCUUUUGAAAAUAAUGAAAAGACGAAUGAAUUUUGGACAAACUACAUUAAGGAUCAGAAUGACAAUCAAGAAAAUGUCCCUGGCGUCAGUAUAGAAUCAGUAUAUCUCGUGGCUCCUCUAAUGGCAGGACUUCUGUUAAUUAUUAUUGUACUCUUUGCUAUCUGGAGGUGUCAGGUGAGAAAGGCAAAUAACCGACAGAAUGCUUAUGCCCAGUCACAGAGCCAAGCAAACCAACCCGCCAGAAAUGUAUCAGUAGUUGUGUUUGGUUACAAUGAUAAUCCUCUCAGUCCAUUUGAUCGAGUACGUGUGCAGCAACCAGAGGUUAUGACGAUCGAUUAUUCCAAUGGAAGUGGACUCCCUGGAGGACCAUCCACUCACUUAAGUUCAGAUCAACCUCCAACUUACCAUGAGGCUAUUGGACAAGCUGAUAAUAUAAGAAUUAAUGAUGAUACACAACACAGUGAGGAUCCUCCAAAAUAUGAAGAAAUUAUGACUCCUCCCAAACAGAGUUAAAAAUAUCACAGGUUGCUAGGAAUGGGUAAAUAAACAAUAUUUUGGAGAAAAAAAAAUCAAUAAUUGAAGGUAAGAUAUUCAUUUAGACACUUUGAUUAUAUUCCAAGUAGCCACUUCAAAUUUGGUGAUUAUAACUCGUUUGUCUUUUUACAGUGGCACUUCAUUACUGAACUUAAAUAGGUAUAAAACUUACCUUCGAAAAGUUAGAAGAAAAGGGAAUAUGGUUCCUUUUAGGUCCAGGUUAAGUACAUUUGCAUUUUUUUAGGAAGGAUGAAGGAUAACAUGAAAUCAUCUGCCUAUAUGCACACACACUUUUUUAUAUUUAAUAUGCUUCUAGUUAAAAAGAGUGCUAGUCCAGUGAAAUAAUCAGUUUUUGUUUAAAAUUAGAUAAUACUCCUCAACAGAGAGAGAACGAUUGUAAAAACUCUGGUUAACUUGUCAUUUUUCUUUUUUAUUCAAAGAUGUUUUGUACUGCAAGAAUAGAAUCCAAUCUUCAUAUUCUGUUUCUUCAUUACUCAUCAACCAUGUAAAGUUAGAAAUUAAUUGGAAACACUGUUAACAAAGGCAGAAGAAUACAAAAUUGGUUUGUUACACUUGGGUAAAUUUUUAGACAACAAUAGUUUAGCUUAGAAUUUGUGGUAUUGAGGUUUACCGAUUGGUAACAACUAAUGAAGUACUCAUUUCCACUGCUGCUGUAUUUCAGAGUAGGCAUUGCAAUUUUAAUCUGCUGAUAUGUUGAACUGAAUGUGCCUAUGAAAUGUCUGUUCCACUGUUCACAUCCACCUCACUCUUGGGGGCAGGGGGGAACACAUUCCAAAACUGACUUUUUGUCAUGCUAGGGGGAAAUAUCAGAUUUUGAGCAUUAAUUUAUCACCUGAUUUUUUUUAACAACAUGCAUCAGAAAACAAUUUUAUAUAAGUAAAUGACAGCUCAUCUAAAUAGUCUAGCCUUUUUCUGGUUCUGUAUUUUUCCUGCCAGCAUUUUCUCUGGAUUUAUUGUCUUCAUUCAGUAUUAGAUGUACAUUGCUGUACAGUUUCUUGGUAAAUCACACCAUGAGCGUGGUAGGUUUUUAAUCUUUAAAUAUGAAUAUGUUAUUGAAAACUCCACUUUUGUUAAUUAUUAAUGCAUAGGGAAAGAAUUGAGCCUUGUCUAUCAAGGUUUUGUUUCCUUUCUUCCUUGUACACCAUCACAAAAACUAAAAGCAUUGUAAAUUUCUGAAAAUGAAUUAACAGACUGACUCUUGUUAUUUUAAGUAUAUAAUGUACAGAUAGGUUUUCUAAGCUCAUCUUGAAUAUUUGGGCCAGAUGAAACUGAUUUUCUAUUGAAUUCAAGUUCUGAUCAGAUGAUUCAAUCCACGCUAUUGAAUUAUCCAUAGUCAAAUUUCCUCAGGUUCAACUAAAAUUUAUGCUAAUUUUAGUUCUUACUGACAACAUAUGUAGUAAUUGGAUGUGGCAGUAAUGGUGCAUACAUUUUGCACAGGAGAAUAAUGUGUUUUUGACUUUUCCAAAUGUACAAACUUCAGGAAAUUAAGUGUGUGAGUGAAUUAAAUAUCUAGGAUAUGUAUUAAAUUAUGUUUGGGUACCAUUACAUAUUGAAGUGAAAGUUUUCAUGAAAUGUAGAUGAUGUCUGGUGUGCAAAAAUACACAGAAAGUGCCAUUAUUGUUGAGCGUCUCAGGAAACAGCAAUUAAAAUUGCAUAUAGGUAUGGUCCAAACUAUUUGCCUUCAGUAUUUGUGUGUAAUAAUACCCAGUAUGUAAGUUAAGUGUCCUCUCAAAUUGUAACAUUCAGUAACAUUAGACUUCAUGAUAUUAUUAUGUACUGGGGACUAGCUUCAAAAUUAACAAUUUUCCAGAAUCCCAAUUACUUGAUGGUGUUGCAGUUUUCUUUUUCAUUAUUCCAUGAAAAAGAUAAAGGAUAGAAAUAAUGUCUGAAAAUUUUUCAGGAGCUUUUCUUCUCUGCAAAGCAACUUUAAUCUUGUGUGAUUUGUAUUGUAUUGCUUCUUAACUUAGGAAAACAGUUAAUUAGUUUUAGAUGUCAUGCUGAGAAAUAUUUUUGCACAUGUUUUCAAAAUAAAGGAAAGUUAUUUUCUGUUUGAAGGUGAAGUAAUGACUAACAGAUGCCUGGAAUUGGGUGACGUGGUGAACAAAGCUGUCAAUAUGUGGCUCAUAUUAAUUGUACAUCACCACUGUAGUCUCAUAUGCCUCAAUCUCCAUUUUAUGAAAGGAGGUAGUGCAGGUGAUGGAAUUACCUCUGCCUGCAGCCUGACUUAUUAGAUCUUAAAUUGUUGAAAUGCUGGGAUAUGUAUACAUUACUAUAUUUUUGUAUAAAGUUUUGAUUCAAUAUUAAUAUGCACUAAACUAUUUAGAUAUUUUGAAUAAUACAACAGUCGUUUCAAAAUGAUCAUGCAAAGGAAUCAGAAAUACUUUUCUAUUGUGUUAAUUUCUUUAUAGCAAAAUGAAUUUGAAAAGCAUUAUAAACAUGGCUAUUCUAAAUGUUGGGGCAUUUUCAACAAUAUGUUAAUGCACUAAUUAAGAAAAAUGCUUUGUAAUACACCAAGGAAGCACUGAAUCAAAAUAUUUAAUGCCUUAAUGUUAUAAUACGGAGAUGUUUCUAUAACCUUUAGAAGAAAGUAUUGUUUGUUUUAGCAUAAAAUGCAUAAAUAAAAUUAUAUUGAAAUUGA